CCGACCAAAACCGUAGAAGAAGACGCGAAAGCCAUCGCCGAGGAGGGACCUACUACUCUUCUUCCUCUUGUUCUCCGUUCGCGUGGCGGCCUGCCUUGCGGAGACCUCCCGCUUCCUCUCGGUUAGUUCGCUGGCAGUCAGAUUAAUUGCUGCCUUCCCUUUGCCGCCCACUGUACUUAUGGAAACUUGUUAGCGUGAAAGAAUGUCUGGAGGCAUAGCUCGUGGUCGUCUUGCUGAAGAACGCAAAGCAUGGCGUAAGAAUCACCCCCAUGGUUUUGUGGCAAAGCCGGAAACACUGCCAGAUGGUUCUGUAAAUCUGAUGGUGUGGCAUUGUACUAUCCCUGGUAAGCUAGGGACUGACUGGGAGGGUGGCUACUUCCCUCUCACGCUCCACUUCAGCGAGGACUAUCCGAGCAAACCUCCUAAGUGCAAGUUCCCCCAGGGCUUCUUCCACCCAAAUGUGUACCCUUCAGGAACAGUCUGCCUAUCAAUCCUCAAUGAGGACAGUGGGUGGAGACCAGCUAUCACUGUGAAACAGAUUCUUGUCGGAAUACAAGACUUGUUAGACCUGCCUAAUCCAGCUGAUCCUGCACAGACGGAUGGCUAUCACCUCUUCAUUCAGGAUCCUGCGGAGUACAAAAGACGGGUUCGUCAGCAGGCCAAGCAGUACCCACCUCUUGUGUAGCCUCACCAAUUUGCUUGAUGAAUUCUCUUCACCUUCAUCUGAAUAUUUCAACAAAUGGACCCUUUUUAUUGGUGUUGUUUAGUAGAAUGUGAACUCUCGCUCUAUAUAUAGGGCAAUACCUAUGUGGAAAUGAACUAUAAAAUUGCAUCUCUGCAUUCACUGCUGAUGAUAUCCAUUUUUUUGUGGUUGUCGGGUUCUGGUA